CGGCCUCGUCUUGUGUCCCAGACCGCCGUCGUCUGCCUCCGACAUCAGAUCGAUUUCGUCCGCCGUCGUCUACCUCAGAUCGUCGAAUCCCUUCAGUCGACUCAGUCCGGCGUCGCUCCUCUUCAGUCGACUCAGUCCGGCGUCGCUCCUCUUCCAGUUUCUUCUCCUUCAGAUCGGCUUUCUCCUCUCACCAGACUCGGCCUUCAGUUUUCCCGUGGACCAGAACUCCACUUUGUGGAGUCUGUUCUGAGGUUCAGUUUUUUAACCCUCUCAAAAAAAAAAAAAAAAAAAAAAGAGUAUUAUUAUUGCACGAUCUGUUCCGCUGCAUACUCAGUGAUUGUGUGAUAUUCCUUCUAUAUUAUUGCAAUGGGUGGUGAUGAAAAAGAAGGUCAGAGUUCUAAGAUCAAUGAGGUCCAGAAAGUUGAAGUUUCUGUCCGAAGUUCAGACGGAGGUUCUUUUGGGGGUCCGAAACUCAAUGGUACCAACUUUCGAACGUGGAAGAAGAUUAUGUCUGUCCAGCUUCGUGGUAUACACAAGAUGGGGCAUGUGACUGGAACAACCAAACCUCCUAGUGAGGAGGAUUUGGAUGGCUAUACUAAGUGGGAGGAUGAUGAUGGAUCUGUGAUGGCAAUCUUAUUCAAAGCCAUGACUGAUGAUGUGCUACAAUUGGUGGAAGGGUGUGAGACUGCUGAAGCAAUAUGGAAGACAUUGGAGGAUCUAUAUACAAAUGAGUCUGAUUUUAUUCAGGUUCAUGAAUUAAUGUGCAAAGCUGCAGGUAUGCAACAGAAUAGGCAAUCAAUAGCUGUGUAUUUCACCAAGCUGAAGAAUGUAUGGGCUGAAAUUGAUCAAAAGCGUCCUUGCAAGAUCAAGAAUCAGGAAGAUCUUGUGUGGUACCAGAAGGAGAAAGAACUUGAAAGAGUUCAUGUAUUCUUGAGGGGGCUUGAUGAUAAGCAUAGCAAUGCCAAAGGAGAAUUGCUCAGAAUGACAGACCCUCCUAGUCUAAACACAGCUUUUACAUACAUCCGCAAGGAUGAGUCUCAACAGGACAGUAUCAAACAUGCACGGGUUGAAGUGUCUAGCCUAGCCAUUCAAGCAAAAUCACCAGCACCAUUUCUCCAACAACAGAGAUCAGUCCCACUUUAUCAGCAAGGACCUCCACCAGGCUUUCCUAAUCGCCCUCGUCCACAAUGCACUUAUUGCAAUGAUGUUGGGCAUGUUCGAGAGACUUGCUGGAAACUGAACCCGCACCUCAAACCUAAAAAGCAAGGUUAUCAUCCUAAGGCAAAAGCAGCUGCUGUUCAAUUGGUCCAAGAACCAGAUUUCUAUGGAGUGGCUGGACAGGAUCAUCAUGCAGCAGGUGGGGCUACUCCUACAGCUUCUAUAGCUGGUCGGGGUAAGAUUGGAUCUUCUCACCAGGGAGUUAAUCGGUCAGGGGUAUCUGAGGGGCAGGUUGUUCCAUCUAGAUCAGACAUACGCAGGGGAGAAACCAGGAGCACAGUCCCGCGCCGCUUUGACUUCGAAUUCUGAUAAGCUAAGUGAAAUUUGGUUGUGGCAUCGCCGUUUAGGGCAUCCAUCUUUUAGUCUUAUGAGAAAAACCAUGCCUACUCUGUUUAUUGGUGUGGAUGAGUCUGUUUUACAUUGUGAAACAUGCGUUUUGGCCAAGAGUCAUCGUGCAACUUAUUCUCCUAGUGUUUCUAAUAAAAGUGUUAUUCCUUUUGAGUUGAUUCA